AAGUGUAAAAUAAUAGAUUUAUUAAACAUCCCGUGAAUUAUGACUUUAAUGUUAGGGUCAGUGUUGGCACCGAUUUGUCGGACAUACGAGUGGUGUCUCAUAGGACUCAUUGUGGCGGUGAUCGCCUAUUACUAUAUUUCGUGGAGGAAUGCCUUCAGCUAUUGGAAGGAUCGACACAUUUGUGGUCCAAAACCUAUCCCUAUAUUCGGAAAUGCUUUGAGUUCGUCGCUAACUCCUCGACCAUUUGUGGAGAUGGAGUGGUAUAAGACAUACGGAAAACUGUUUGGGUAUACAUCACAUUAA